AUGGAAACAAAAAAACAUAAAUUGUCAAUCAAAGUUGUACGCAUACAUACACCAAAUACAAUCAAGCCAACUAUUACUUCUUUAAAUACAUCUCGUGCUGAAGUUGCACUCGCUAUGUUUGUAAGUGCACACUGCGCAUUAUUAUCUGUGGAUCAUUUAGGUGCCCUUUGUAAGUCACAUUUUUCUGGUACGAAUAAUACUGCAGAUAACCUCCGUUUACAUCGUACCAAAUGUACAGCUAUAAUAAAAAAUGUACUAUGUCCAUACUUUAAAAACAAUUUGAAAGACGAUAUUGGAAACGGUCGUUUCAGUAUUUUAGUGGACGAGUCGACUGAUAUUUCGGUAAUAAAAUAUUUAGGUAUUGCAGCAAUUUAUUAUAGCACAUUUCAAAAUAAAAUUGUGACUACAUUUUUUGGACUUGAGGAGCUUGUUGAAUGUAAUGCUGCAGCAAUCGUAAAAGCAAUAUUAAAUGCAUUAAAAUCAUAUGAACUUGAUAUAAAAAAUGUUAUAGGUAUUGGCACUGACAACGCUAGUGUUAUGGUAGGAAUAAACAAUGGUGUUCAUGAGAUUUUAAAAGAAAAAAAUCCACAAUUAAUUCUUAUUCGUUGUGUAUGUCACUCCUUACAGCUAGCCACAUCUUAUGCUUGCAGCGAAACUAUGCCUCGGAAUCUGGAGUUUCUUAUUUCAGAAACUUACAACUGGUUCAGCAAAUCUACUUUAAGACAACAAGCAUAUAGACAUAUUUUUAAAGUUAUGAAUGAUGACCAUGAGCCCUUAAAAAUCGUUCAAGCAUGCAACACAAGGUGGCUCUCGAUUGAAUCAGCGGUAGUUCGUAUUAUAGACCAGUGGCAUGAGUUAAAAUGUCAUUUUGAUGUAAGUAGAUGUAAAGAAAAAUGUUACUUGGCUGAAAUGUUGUAUACUAUGUAUUCAGACGAAAAAAAUCUAGCAUUUUUAUUGUUUUUAAGACCACUAUUAAGUGAUCUGCAACGGGUGAAUAAAUUAUUUGAGUCUAAUUCAGUUGAUCCAACUAAAUUAGUGAAUGAAUUAGUCACCCUUAUUUGCUCGAUUGGAAAACUAUUUGUUAUACCAACAUUUAACUUUAACCCAAUAACUAAAGAUUUUAGUAAUUUUUUAAAUCCAAAUCCAUAUUUAAGCUAUGGUUUUGAAAAAAAAGUUGAAGAACUGCGGAAUUUAAAAUUAUUAACAAAUUUGGAUGAAAAAAAUUUAAGAAGUAGAUGUAUAAGUUUUGCUACUGUAUUAGUAAAACAACUCCAACAACGGCUUCCAGAAAAUUUAGGUAUUCUACAGAAAGUAGAAAUCAUAUCUCCCAGUAACGUCUUACAUCAAAUAAAAGACAACAUAAGUCCAUUAUGCGAGUAUUUUGGAUUAGAUCUCAUAAACAUAGAAAAAAUUGAAAUGCAGUGGCGUAAAAUUAAUUUGAUAACAUGGUCCAAUACUUCCUCUGCUGGAAUAUUUUGGGCAGAAGUAAAAAAAUUCAAGGAUGCUUCAGGUUCUAAUCCAUUUGAAGAGUUGGCUGAUUUUGCGUUCAUGCUUUUAGCUUUGCCAUUUUCUAAUGCAGCUGUAGAAGGGUAUUCAGUCAAAUGA